UGACUCGCAAAUAGAUUCUACGGUGAUUCUAACCUAAAACACUAACAGUUCCUAAGGGGGGACGUGAUAUUCGUGUUUUCAAUCCAUUAUAUGAUAUAAUUAAACAAAAAUGCCAGAAAGUGUAAAAACAGAAGCGAAGCCGGGCAAAGAAAUUAAAAGCGGGAAGGAAGAAGAGAAAAAUGAACUGUCUCAUAUUCGUGCAUCUACUACUUCAAUGACAAGUGUUCCCAAGCCAUUGAAAUUUAUGCGUCCGAACUAUGACACCAUGAAAGCUGUGUAUGAAAGCAUUAACGAUGCAAAGGCUAAAGAGCUAUGUUCUGACAUUAUUUCUGUCCUUGCCAUGACCAUGGGCGAGGGUAGAGAAUGUUUAAAGUACAGACUUACUGGAUCUGCCUUAGCUAUUGGAGAAUGGGGACAUGAAUAUGUCAGACAUUUAUCGGGAGAAUUAGCUGGAGAAUGGGACGAGCUUACAGAUGAUGCAGAGACUACAAGUAAAAAACUGAUUGCUUUGGUACAUCAGAUUGUACCAUAUAAUAUGGCCCACAAUGCAGAGACUGAAGCCUGUGAUUUACUCAUGGAAAUUGAGAAACUAGAUUUAUUGGAACAGUAUGUUGAUGAAAGUGCAUAUCAGCGGGUUUGUUUAUAUUUAACCAGCUGUGUACCUUAUGUAGCAGAUCCAGAGAACAGUACUCUUCUUCAUGCUGCUGCAAAACUAUAUAGGAAAUUUGGUCAGUAUCCACAAGCUGUGAGGUUAGCAAUGCAGCUCAAUCAUUUGCCUCUAAUCGAAGAUAUAUUUACCAAAUGCACAGAUCUAUCCCUGCAGAAACAAUUGGCAUUCAUGUUAGGUAGACAGCAGAUUUUCUUAGAGUUGCCCGAAUCUACUCCAGAAUUCGACGAAUUGGUAGAACUAAUGUCUAAUUCAUUGUUAAAUUAUCAUUUCUUAAAUCUGGCACGUGAAUUGGACAUAAUGGAGCCAAAAACGCCAGAGGAUGUGUACAAAUCGCAUUUAGAGAACUCGAGAGCUCCCUUCGGCGGUGGCCAAGUGGACUCAGCCAGACAAAAUCUUGCGGCCAGCUUCGUGAAUGGAUUCGUGAAUGCAGCAUUUGGUCAGGAUAAAUUGUUGAUCGAAGAUGGAAACAAAUGGUUGUACAAAAAUAAAGAGCACGGAAUGUUGAGCGCAACCGCGUCUCUUGGUCUUGUAUUACUAUGGGACGUCGAUGGUGGUUUAACGCCAAUCGACAAGUAUCUUUAUUCAUCCGAGGAUUACAUUAAAUCGGGAGCAUUAUUAGCUUGCGGACUGGUCAACUGCCGUGUACGAAUCGAAUGCGAUCCUGCUUUGGCCCUGCUCUCGGAUUAUGUCUUGCACAGUAGCAAUACCAUGCGUAUUGGUGCGAUUGUGGGUCUAGGAUUGGCGUAUGCGGGUUCCAAUCGCGAAGCAGUCUUACGUCUUUUGACUCCUGUCCUCAGUGACCCUAAAUCCAGUUGGGAAGUAAUAGGUGUAGCGGGUCUUGCGCUAGGAAUGGUUGCAGUUGGUUCUUGCAACGCUUACGCUAUCACACAUAUUAUGCGUACUCUAAUGGAAAAGUCUGAGGCAGACCUUAGAGAUACCUACGCACGCUUCUUGGCUCUGGGUCUUGGUCUGUGUUUCUUAGGUAAGCAAGAAGCGGCAGAGGCUAUAAUAGCUGCUCUAGAAAUAAUACCAGAACCUUUUCAAUCGAUGGCCACCACUCUGGUGGAAGUGUGCGCGUACGCAGGCACUGGAAAUGUUCUGAAAAUUCAGCAUUUGUUGCACAUUUGUUCCGAGCAUUACGAACCCUCCAAUGAGAAGGAUGAUAAGAGCGAUCGAAAAGAUAAAGACAAGAAGGAGGAUAAAAAAGAGGAAAAGGAGAAAGAUCUCAGUUCCAGACAGGCAAUCGCUGUACUUGGUAUUGCUUUGAUCGCCAUGGGAGAAGAGAUCGGUGCUGAAAUGGCGUACAGAACAUUUGGCCAUUUGUUGCGUUACUGUGAACCUGUAAUACGGCGAUCGGUUCCUCUAGCUCUUGGACUCAUAUCGGUCUCCAAUCCGAAGUUGAAUAUAUUAGACACGUUAUCAAAGUUCUCCCACGACAGUGAUCCUGAAGUCGCUCACAAUGCAAUCUUCGCAAUGGGCUUAGUUGGAGCUGGAACAAAUAAUGCAAGACUGGCUGCAAUGUUGCGACAGCUGGCCCAGUUUCAUGCGAAGGAUCCAAAUAAUCUUUUCAUGGUGCGCAUAGCCCAAGGUCUGACCCACCUUGGUAAAGGAACUUUAACGUUGUCCCCUUAUCAUAGCGAUAGACAAGUAUUAAGCCCUGUCGCACUGGCUGGUCUUUUAGCUACUCUUGUCGGUUUUCUAGACGUAAAAAAUAUCAUACUUGGUCGCUCGCAUUAUUUACUAUAUACGCUAGCGGUUGCGAUGCAGCCUAGGAUGUUGGUAACAUUUGACGAAAAAUUAAAUCCUCUUCCUGUACCUGUGAGAGUUGGUCUUGCCGUGGACGUGGUGGGUCAAGCAGGGAAACCGAAAACUAUCACUGGUUUUCAAACGCAUACAACACCUGUUCUACUGGCGUACGGCGAAAGAGCAGAAUUGGCGACGGAAGAAUACAUUCCUUUAACGCCGAUCAUGGAAGGUUUCGUAAUUUUAAGGAAGAACCCGGACUUUACGCCGUAACUGAAAUAUUAACGCGUAACUGGAAAAUAACAAUACACACAUUACACAUCGGAUUUUAGUAUUAAAUAUAAUGAAACGUUAUUGUGUGUGAACAGAUGAUUUCCCAAUAUUAUAGCGAACCCCUAAAAAAGCAACUAAUAUACUUCAUUCAUUUAUUUUUUACAAGACGCUGGAAACAAUGAAAUAAAGAAACUCCCAGGUUUGAUAAUCUCUUUUCUGUAUUUUACUUACGAUAACAAUAAAACUACAAUU